UGUGGGGGGCCAGACAGAAACUUUUUCUUGAGCGUUUGCCCCGCUGACUCGACUGGGCUGUGACGGAGAGAAGGGCCAACAUUCCGGGAGGCGCAGCGUUGCGGGACACUUCAGAGGAGAGGCGCAGUCAGAGCGGGACGCACGGACGGAGCUCAUCCCCGUCAGCCAGCUGGAGGAACACACACGAAUACACCCCUAUGGCUGCCUGAGAAAGAACCAGACACCCCCCUCCCCCCUUUUGUCUCUCUUUCUCUGGGACUUCUUUUUUUUACUUCUAGUUUUGUCCUAAGAAGUUGUUGCGCGUCUAAUUAGUCGCUCCCAGUUCCUGAGUGAAUCCAGCAGCCGUGGACGGCGCAGCGCACAGAGGCGGUCAUGGAUACCCAUAUAAGAUGGAAAGUUAAACGGAGGAUAAGGGACGUCCACAUCACUGUAGCGGUGACUCUGCUUUUUCUCACGUCGUGGGCGAGUUCAGCGGAACCAGCUGACCUCUUGAAGAUUUUAGAUUUUCACAAUUUACCUGAGGGUGUUACAAGAACGACGGGUUUCUGUUCACAUAGGAGGUCGUCACAAGGACCCGAUGUGGCUUACAGAGUAUCCAGAGACGCCCAGCUCAGCGCCCCAACCAAACAGCUUUACCCAGGUGAUGCCUUCCCCGAGGAUUUUUCCAUCAUGGCCACAGUAAAGCCCAAGAAGGGCAGCCAGUCCUUCCUGCUGUCUGUGUACAAUGAACAAGGCAUCCAGCAGCUUGGUCUGGAAGUGGGCCGGUCCCCCGUGUUCCUGUACGAGGACCACACAGGCAAACCCAGUCCAGAAGACUAUCCCCUCUUCAGAGGAGUCAACCUGGCUGAUGGAAAGUGGCAUCGAGUGGCCAUCAGUGUACACAAGGACACCAUCACCCUCAUUUUGGACUGUAAAAAGAAGGCCACCCAGAAGCUGCUCCGAAGCCCUAACCCCAUCAUUGAUACUAAAGGAAUUAUAGUGUUUGGAACAAGAAUACUUGAUGAAGAAGUUUUUGAGGGAGACAUCCAGCAGCUAAUGAUUGUAGCAGACCACCGUGCUGCCUAUGACUACUGUGAGCACUACAGUCAUGAUUGUGAAGUGGCAGCGCCGGAACAGCCACAAAAUCAGGACCCCAAAGUCGACAACUAUGAGCAGUACUAUUAUGAAUACCCUUAUUAUGACGACAAUGAAGGAAAGCCCUUUGAGUCGACAGCUGAAACCGAGACUAUCGCAAAAGACGUCAAGGUGACAGGUGAUGGCACUGUGACCACAGUAGAAGAAGUCGUAAGAGGUCGUUCUGAUGCUGCUGGCUCCAGUUCUGUCUCCACCAGCUCAUCAUCCAGCUCAUCAUCCAGCUCAUCAUCCAGCUCAUCAUCCAGCUCAUCUCGUGGAUCCUCAGUGACUGGCGCUGGAAAAGAGGACACCUACCGAGAAGAGACCACUAGUUACGAUGACUAUGACGCCUAUGGUAACUAUUACGACGAGGCCACGCCCGCACCUGGCAGGGACACCACUCAACGCAUCACCAUCAGCAGCAUCGGCACUGGGGGUGAGCUGGACUUGGGAGCAGGGGCGAGGGUCGACCUGGAAGCUGGCUCAGAAAUUGACCAGAAGGUGAUCACCAUUGGUGGAGGGACCACGACAACAAUCAUCACAAAUAAAACAACAUUGGACACCUCCUACAGUGACUACGGCAAUGGAUAUGACUAUGGAGUGGACGACUACUACACAAAUGGUGCCGGAGGAAGCAGCAGCAGUGUUUCACCUGGAGGUGGUUCCGUCUCUGUCGGCGGUGGGUCUGCCUCUGUCGGCGGUGGGUCCGUUUCUGUCGGCGGUGGGUCUGCCUCUGUCGGCGGUGGGUCUGCCUCUGUCGGCGGUGGGUCCGUUUCUGUCGGCGGUGGGUCUGCCUCUGUCGGCGGUGGGUCCGUCUCUGUCAGUGGUGGUUCCGUUUCAGUUGGAGGGGGUUCAGCAUCCGUGGGUGGAUCUUCUACCUCCGGCGGCAGCUCAGCCAGUGCCGGCACCGGAGCCGGCGGGUCCAUUGCAACUGAGACCAGCCAGGGCAUAGGAGGAGAGGGCGACUACCCAGAUGUCGAUAAGUUCAAAGAAGAGGACAUCUCUGAGUACGGCGAUUUGGAAACUUAUAACUAUGAUGAUUACCCCGACAUCAAGGACAAAGUGCUGCCCGCUGAGACCAACGAGUACUUUGGGCAGGUCGACGGAGCUCGUGGUGAGAAAGGACAGAAGGGAGAGCCUGCUGUUAUUGAGCCUGGAAUGCUGUUGGAGGGUCCGCCUGGGCCUGAGGGACCAACAGGUCUUCCUGGACCCCCAGGUCCAUCUGGCCCGCCAGGCAGUACCGGAGAUCCUGGUGAACGGGGUCUUCCGGGUCGAGCUGGUCUUCCUGGGGCUGAUGGUCUGCCAGGACCCCCUGGAACUGUCCUGAUGCUGCCUUUCAGAUUCAGUUCUGGAGGCGACUCUGGACAUAAGGGACCAGCUGUAUCGGCACAGGAGGCUCAGAUGCAGGCCAUCAUGCAGCAGGCCAGGCUGGCCAUGCGUGGCCCCACUGGUCCGAUGGGUUUGACUGGGAGAACCGGCCCUCUGGGUCCACCUGGUGUCCCAGGACUGAAGGGAGAAUCCGGAGAGGCCGGACCUCAGGGACCGCGUGGACCUAUGGGAUCUUCUGGACCCAUUGGAAAGCCGGGCAGACGGGGUCGUCCUGGAGCCGACGGUGCCAGAGGAAUGCCAGGACAGACUGGACCUAAGGGUGACCGAGGGUUCGAUGGUCUGGCUGGACUUCCUGGUGAAAAGGGACACAGAGGAGAACCCGGCCCCCACGGACCUCCGGGGGCUCCUGGAGAAGACGGAGAGAGGGGCGAUGAUGGAGAGAUCGGACCCAGGGGACUUCCUGGCGAACCGGGACCCCGAGGGUUGCUGGGACCAAAAGGACCUCAGGGACCCCCUGGACCACCAGGUGUCACUGGGAUGGAUGGCCACCCUGGACCCAAAGGAAAUAUAGGACCUCAGGGCGAGCCAGGACCUCCUGGACAGCAGGGGAACCCAGGAGCUCAGGGACUCCCAGGGCCGCAAGGAGCCAUCGGACCUCCAGGAGAGAAGGGGCCAACUGGAAAGCCAGGCUUGCCAGGAAUGCCGGGAGCCGACGGCCCUCCGGGCCACCCUGGAAAAGAGGGUCCGUCUGGGGAGAAAGGACACAUGGGCCCUGCUGGACCUCAAGGACCCAUUGGUUAUCCUGGGAACCGAGGAGUCAAGGGAGCCGAUGGCGUCCGCGGGCUUAAAGGAAACAAGGGCGAAAAGGGUGAAGAUGGCUUCCCUGGCUUCAAAGGAGACAUGGGUAUCAAGGGCGACAGGGGGGAACUUGGACCAGCUGGCCCCAGAGGAGAAGAUGGUCCAGAGGGGCCAAAGGGUCGCUCAGGGCUCCCAGGAGACGCUGGUCCACUUGGUCCCAACGGUGAAAAGGGUAAACUCGGAGUUCCUGGAUUACCAGGAUACCCAGGAAGACAAGGACCAAAGGGAUCUCAGGGUUUCCAAGGGUUCCCCGGUGCCAACGGAGAGAAGGGAUCUCGGGGAACGGGAGGAAAGCCAGGCCCACGAGGACAGAGGGGACCGACGGGGCCUCGAGGUGAAAGAGGACCAAGAGGACCGACGGGAAAAGCCGGCCCAAAGGGUAACUCAGGAAACGAUGGACCUCCAGGACCUCCUGGUGAGAGGGGUUUACCGGGACCUCAGGGACCAACAGGUUUUCCGGGACCAAAGGGUCCACCUGGACCUGCCGGGAAAGACGGGCUGCCUGGACAUCCUGGACAGAGAGGAGAGACUGGAUUCCAAGGCAAGACAGGUCCUCCUGGUCCUCCAGGUGUCGUUGGACCUCAGGGACCAACUGGUGAAACUGGACAAAUGGGAGACCGAGGCCACCCUGGACCCCCAGGUCCACCCGGUGAGCACGGUCUGCCUGGACCUGCCGGGAAAGAAGGAGCCAAGGGGGAUCCUGGUCCUGCUGGCCCAGCAGGUAAAGAUGGUCCUCCUGGGCAAAGAGGUUUUCCUGGAGAUAGAGGUCUUCCUGGUCCUGUGGGAGCUCAUGGCCUGAAAGGGAACGAGGGUCCUCAAGGCCCACCUGGCCCUGCUGGUUCCCCUGGUGAGAGGGGUCCUGCCGGCCCAGCUGGACCUACAGGCCUCCCUGGACGUACUGGCCCUCAGGGACCUCCAGGCACUGCUGGAGAGAAAGGUGGACCGGGAGAGAAAGGACCUCAAGGACCAGCUGGAAGAGAUGGUAUUCAGGGACCUGUGGGUCUACCAGGGCCUGGAGGACCUCCUGGACCCCCAGGGGAGGAUGGAGAUAAGGGGGAAAUUGGUGAACCGGGCCAGAAAGGAAGUAAAGGUGACAAAGGAGAACAUGGUCCACCAGGCCCAACUGGCCCUCAAGGCCCCGUUGGAGCACCAGGUCCUGCUGGUGCUGAUGGGGAGCCGGGUCCUAGAGGUCAACAGGGUAUGUUUGGACAAAAGGGAGACGAAGGGUCAAGAGGCUUCCCUGGACCUCCAGGCCCAGUCGGGCUGCAGGGUUUGCCUGGCCCGCCUGGUGAGAAAGGUGAAACUGGAGAUGUUGGUCAGAUGGGUCCACCUGGUCCUCCUGGUCCCAGAGGCCCCUCUGGACCCCCAGGAGCCGACGGCCCUCAGGGACCCCCUGGUGGUAUUGGAAACCCUGGUGCUGUGGGAGAAAAGGGAGACGCUGGUGAAACAGGAGAGCCAGGACUUCAGGGGGAAGUUGGACCACCAGGUCCAAGAGGAGAGCGUGGAGAGAAAGGAGAAUCUGGGCCUGCUGGAGCUGCUGGACCUCCUGGUCCCAAAGGUCCCCCUGGAGAUGAUGGUCCCAAGGGCAGCCCAGGUCCAAGUGGAUUUCCUGGAGACCCUGGUCCACCCGGAGAGCCCGGUCCAGCUGGUUUAGAUGGUCCCGCUGGUGACAAAGGGGAUGAUGGAGAAGCUGGUCAGCCUGGAUCACCUGGACCCACUGGAGAAUCCGGUCCAUCUGGACCACCAGGAAAGAGAGGCCCUCCUGGAGCACCAGGACCUGAGGGAAGGCAAGGAGAGAAAGGAGCCAAGGGGGAGCCCGGCAUCGAAGGUCCCCAAGGAAAGACGGGUCCUGUUGGCCCUCAAGGAUCGCCUGGAAAGCCUGGUUCUGAAGGACUUAGGGGUAUUCCUGGUUCAGUUGGAGAGCAAGGACUGCCUGGUCCGCCAGGCCCAGAUGGACCUCCUGGACCCAUGGGCCCUCCUGGUUUACCGGGUUUGAAAGGAGACUCUGGUGUGAAAGGAGAAAAGGGCCAUCCUGGUCUGAUUGGUCUGAUUGGUCCACCGGGUGAACAGGGAGAGAAGGGUGACAGGGGUCUUCCAGGUCCUCCAGGGUCAUCUGGUCCAAAAGGAGACAAUGGUAUUUCAGGUCCUACAGGUCCACUUGGUCCCAUCGGCCCUCCUGGGUUACCUGGUCCUCCUGGUCCGAAAGGAGCCAAAGGGUCAUCUGGUCAAACGGGACCAAAAGGAGAGACAGGUUCACCUGGACUUCCUGGUCCUCCUGGCCCUCCUGGUGAUGUCAUCCACCCGCUCCCCUUAGAAGCUCCCAUGAAGGGCAGGACACGCAGGAACAUCGAUGCCAGCCAGUUGGUCGACGACGCCCCCGCGGAUGCCAGCUACAAGGACUACGAUGACGGCAUGGAGGAAAUAUUUGGCUCACUCAACUCACUCAAGCUGGAGAUCGAGCAGAUGAAGCAUCCACUGGGCACGCAGAGCAACCCUGCUCGUACCUGCAAGGACCUGCAGCUCUGCCACCCGGAUUUCCCUGAUGGUGACUACUGGAUCGAUCCAAACCAGGGCUGCUCGCGCGACUCCUUCAAGGUUUACUGCAACUUCACAGCAGGCGGAGAGAGCUGCAUCUACCCAGAUAAGAAAUCUGAAGGGAGCAAAAUGGCAAAAUGGCCCAAAGACUCUCCAGGCACUUGGUAUAGUCACUACAAGAGAGGUUCCCUGCUGUCCUACGUGGAUGCAGAGGGCAACCCCAUCGGCGUGGUUCAGAUGACGUUCCUGCGACUGCUGAGCGCGGCAGCCCGCCAGAACAUGACGUACAACUGCUACCAGUCAGUGGCGUGGUACGACCAGGAGCAGGACAGCUACGACAAGGCCAUCCGCUUCCUGGGAUCCAACGAUGAGGAGAUGUCUUACGACAACAACCCUUACAUCCGCUCCCUGGUUGACGGCUGCGCGUUGAAAAAGGGCUAUGAAAAGACAGUGCUCGAGAUCAACACACCAAAGGUGGAACAGGUGCCUUUUGUGGACAUCAUGUUCAAUGAUUUUGGCGGCUCCACGCAGAAGUUCGGAUUCGACGUGGGACCCGUCUGUUUCAUCGGCUAAGAACUUUCACCGAGCAAAUGGAGCAAAAGAUCCAAUAAACAAGCCUAUUUUUGUUUUCUCACAAAGAAAAAGAAAGAGAAUAGGACAAUUCUACUUGUAAAAAAAAAAACUGUUUCCAUAAAGCAAAAAAUGAAAUUAUGUCAAGCAUACAGUGAAAUUUGAAAGGAAUAGAGAGGAAAUAACCUUGAAACCUCAGAGUGCCUUCUCUAUCACAUGCAAGUUUUGAAACUGGAUUUCAGAUCCUCCCCCCCUCACACACACACACACAACCAAGCCCCAUGACAUAACACUUUUUCUUUCAUUUUUUCCCUCCAAAACAACUAAAGCGACCCUGAAAGCUGCAGCCGUUCCAGAUGGUCGCAGUUUUCCAUGGACUCCAUCCGAUUUGGCUCUUUCCUUUACUUUUAGUUUUGAUCUUUCAUGUUGCCACCUGUCUCUUUUCAGUCUGUCCACCCCAGGAGCUUUGUUUGUGCAUAAUUGUCUCACCAUUCCCCUGGAAUGGUACUUAUAUAUAUAUAUAAAUAUACAUAUAUAUAUAAAUGAUUUUUUUAAAGUGUUUGUAAGUACAUUCUGUAUAUUUUCCUGGUUGUGUUUAUUGCUUUUCUAGCUUCAAAACAUGCAUGUGACUUUAAUAAUUGUGAGGUAGGAGACCAUGGAACGUCUAAAUUGCAGAAGCAGGAGGAUAUUUGACUUGUAAAGUUAAAAAAAAACAGAAUUUUUGUGGAGCAAACUAUUGUGUGAUUUAGGAACAGAAUAAAAAUGUUCUGUGGCAUCAUGUGACAGUUGUCUGCAAACAAAUGAAACAUUCCCGUGCCCGUUGAACAAAAAGAGACCCGUCUCAACGGGGAUAUCAUUAACUUAAUAGACUUCCGUAUGCUUGCUGAGAUCCAUGCAGUGUGGGAGGUGAUGUUGCAUUUGACUGAAAACAAAGAAAUCAGAACCUAUAGGUGCUAUUUUCUCCCUUCUGUGGUGCUACGUAUUUUUCUAGUUUGUGUUGUUUGAGUGAAAGACAGUUUGUGGUGGCAGUACUUCUAACUUCAGCAGAAUGGCUUCACCACCAUUUCCAACCCAGGCAGAUCUUGGCUGCAUCCGUAACCUUUGGUUUUUUUUUUUCCUGAUUUUUGCAUGCAAUUGCUCUCCGUAUACGCUCUCAGAUCUUCCUUAUUUCCUGUCCUGCAGACGAGACAAGUCUGCCUGUGCCAAAUGCUGGAGCAAGGAGAAGAAGAGGUUGCACGCCUCUUGGGUUUUUAUUGCAUGUUAUUGCUGCACAGCCUGUUUUACGUGGGAUCGUCUGUGCCACGUCGUACUGAUGGAGUCGGUGAAAUCAAAAGGUGGGGUCAAAGGGAUAAACUGGAGACUCUGAACUCUUCCAAAGAUUUUCACUGACAUAUUUAGCUUUAAGUGACUGAAAAAAAUCUUCUUUUUAUGGGAAACAACUUGAAAAGUCACCAGAUCAGCCUUCUAGAAAAUGUUGCUCAUUCAUCAUCAAAGAAAAAGAAUAAAAAAAGCUUGUUGGUUUCUGCUUUUGCCCUUCGUGUAAUAAUUGCUUUUUGACCAAAUCGUGCACUCUCUAUGCUUAUGACCACUAGUAUCUACCAGAGUUUUUACUGCUUUUAACAAAUGUCCGUUUUGUUUCCUGUUUUAAAAAGAAAAAAAAAAGUCUUUAAUGGUGUGACUUGAACCAUUUCUGUCAAGGUAACUCAGUCUGUUUGUAGAUCUUUGGUUUUAUUUUUCAUGGUUUUGCAGCACACCCAAAUUUCUUAUUUACCUCUCAAUAAAAUGGAAUUUUUUUAAAUGUUAUUAUUAUUAUUUGGUAUUUUUUUGUAAAUUUUCAGAACCAGCAGUAAUGCUGCCAUUGUUUUAUUUUAUUAUUUUUUUGUUUUAUUCUGUAGAUUUCCAUUCAUGCUGUUCAUUUUCACAGUUUUGCCAAACCUGUGUAAUAAGGAUGAGAGGAUAGAGGAUUAUAUUGGUUUUCAUGUCAAUAAAUUCAAGUUUCCUGUGGCCAUCUAUUCCUGUAUCUCUUUUGAAGCAUUAAAACUUAUCUGUAUGCAUGAAAUUGUAAAGUUUUUUUCUCUAGUUUGGAUUUUUGUAGAGCCACUCGACCUCUACUCAGCGCUUCAGUUCAACGCCAGGACAGCCGUUUUAUUAAAUGCUACUUUUCCUUGCACCUGUAACUCUACCAAAGCCAAUGUCCAUUUGUAGUAUAUUUAUUGUAUUAUUUAAGACAAAAAUAAAUGAUAAAUGAUACCAUA